AUGGAGCUCCGCCUCACUGGCAUCAUGAGGUGCGUCGGUUUUGCCGUUUAUAGUUUGUUAAGUGAAUCACUGAACCAGAAAGCGUUGUUGAUGGGUGUUGCUCAAACGACUGCCCAACAACAGGUCAGAAACCCACAACGUGUGCCGUCGAGUUCUUUCACUUUCAAUACGCAUGUGCGUGCGGCGUUACUAACAAAGAGGUCUAGAGCUAAUUCGACUGCCGACAUCCUGCUGGGAAAAGCUUUACUUGCUUCUUAUAAAGCUUCAUAUGAAAUAGCCAGAUAUAAGAAGCCUCAUACUAUUGGUGAAGAGCUUAGUUUGCCAGCUUCAAUUAAAAUUGUAGAAACUAUGUUUGGAGAUAAUUUUGCCAAAAAAUUAGAGCAACCUUUAUCAAAUGAUACGGUUGCCUGUCGAAUUGCUUCCACUGUGAGCCGUGGCAGAGACCAUAAGAAGCUUUUUUGUGGUACUCCCGAAGGUAGGAAGAAUGAAGUUUGCCGGCGUUGGUGUUACAGGAGGAAAUGCAAAUACGAUCAAAGAAAUAAGUUAGCGAUAGGAAGAACCCAUUCUAAGUUUACUUAUACCAAAUAG